GCGAUCCGCUUGAGAUUCGGGAGUGCUUUGCCCUACUGCCCACCAAACCGAAAAAGUGGACUGGCCCUCAACGUCAAUCGACUAAACGCACAUUUCAGAGUGCGCCUCUUCUCUUCUUCUUUUUCCUUUUCUCUUCACUUGCGUGGACCUGAAUAUUUACAUCAGCAGCAACCGUCAAAAUGGUCAAGAAGAGAAAGAACAACGGCCGAAACAAGAAGGGCCGCGGCCACGUCAAGCCCAUCCGAUGCAGCAACUGCUCGCGAUGCACCCCCAAGGACAAGGCGAUCAAGAGAUUCACCAUCCGCAACAUGGUUGAGUCUGCUGCUAUUCGUGACAUCUCGGAUGCCUCCGUCUUCGCGGAGUACACCGUGCCCAAGAUGUACCUGAAGCUGCAGUACUGCGUCUCUUGCGCCAUUCACGGCAAGAUUGUCCGGUACGUUGUCCUCCCCGGGAGUGUGACAACUGCGCCCUGGUUGCGUAUGUGCUUCAGAUGAGCCUUGGAGUACUUUUAUGAAACCAUACACACUCCCAGCCUGCUGCGCAGUUGAUGCCACACUCCCAGUACGUUCUCCCCACCGAAUUUGAGCUGACCAGAUUAUCACAGUGUCCGAUCCGUCGUUGGCCGACGCAACCGUGCCCCUCCCCCUCGCGUCCGCUACAACAAGGACGGCAAGAAGAUCGUCCCUACUGCCCCUAAGGCUUAAAUGGGUUGAUAUGGCUUGUCUUGGGAUGGAGUCCGGUUAUGAUAGCAUCAUUCAAAAAAUAACGGAUGGGAUGAAUACCUUUGGGAUUAUGAGUCUAAGAGAUUCCAAAAUUCAAUCGGACGACGUUUGAUGUCCACACGUCAUUGACAAAUAUCUUGCUGUUCCUCCCUUCGCUUUGUGUGAUUGAUGUGACUGUUUUUGGCUUAAAUGUUGAUUGUAUGCGGCCGAGUGUCACGUCGCAUCCAAUGACCUGUAGAUGAAGGCGUCGAUAUGAUCCCAAUAAGCAAACUGUUGCCAGGCUCAUAUUGCCGGUCGGCGGACACCCAUUUGCUGUUACUUUGGAUGUUUCAAUUGCUGUGGGAGCAUUUGAAGAUCAUGUAGAAGUCGACCAUUCUUUUUCUGUGCGCGAUUCCAUGGUUAUGUCCUGCAAUUUGAGUGUUCAUAGUUUAUUGUGGUGAACUCCAUGGGCCAACAU